UCCUUUUCUCCUCCUCCAUCUCUCGUCAUCAUCAUCGUCUCUGCUUAAAUUCUCUUCUCUUUUAUUCCAUUACUCCAGCGAACAAAGCUCCGAACUUUCCACCACUCUCGGAUCCCUCUCCAUUCAAAGUUAGCUUCUUUCUAUUUCAUUUGCUUGGAUCCCAAGGAAAUGAAGAAACCCAAAUCAUCAAAAACCGAAAAAAUCGACAAACUCGAUCUCUUCUCGUCACUAUGGAAGCAGAGACCUUUCCGCGUAAUCAUAGCAAUAGGCCUUCUCUACCUCCUAAUGGUCACCGUCGAGAUACCUCUCGUCUUCAAAUCAUGGUCCUCCACCAGCAACUCCGCCUCCAUCGAUUCUCUCUCACGGCCCGAGAAGCUCGAAACAGAGCAACAAGAGCCCCAAUUUAAGACAAUCCCUAACCCACCGUCGUCUAAACCGGAUUCUAAACCGACCCUGAACCGGACGGUACGCGAGCAUCACCGAGGUCUUCUCUCAAGCCUGAGAUUCGAUUCGGAGACGUUCGACCCGAGUAGCAAAGACGGGUCGGUGGAGCUUCACAAGUCGGCUAAGGAGGCGUGGCAGCUAGGAAGGAAGCUGUGGAAGGAGCUCGAGUCUGGGAGGCUUGAGAAAGCAGUUGAGAAGCCUGAGAAGAACAAAUCCGACACGUGUCCUCACUCUGUUUCGUUAACCGGGUCGGAGUUUAUGAACCGGGAGAAUCAGCUUAUGGAGCUGCCGUGUGGUUUGACGUUGGGGUCGCAUGUGACUUUGGUCGGGAGGCCGAGGAAAGGUUAUCCCAAGGAAGGAGAUGGGUCUAAGUUGGUUUCUCAGUUUGUGAUUGAGCUUCAAGGUUUGAAGACUGUUGAUGGAGAGGAUCCUCCUCGGAUCUUGCAUUUUAAUCCGAGGCUGAAAGGAGAUUGGAGCAAAAAGCCUGUGAUUGAGCAGAACACUUGUUAUAGAAUGCAGUGGGGAUCUUCGCAACGGUGUGAAGGGUGGAGGUCAAGAGAUGAAGAGGAGACUGUUGAUAGUCAUGUGAAGUGUGAGAAGUGGAUCCGUGAUGAUGACAACUACUCAGAAGGGUCGAGAGCGAGAUGGUGGUUGAAUAGACUUAUAGGAAGGAGGAAGAGGGUUAAAGUAGAAUGGCCGUUUCCUUUUGUGGAAGAGAAGCUCUUUGUUCUCACUCUUAGCGCUGGUUUAGAAGGUUACCAUAUUAACGUUGAUGGACAGCAUGUUACAUCCUUUCCUUAUCGCACUGGUUUCACACUAGAGGAUGCAACGGGGCUUACCGUAAACGGAGACAUUGAUGUCCACUCUGUUGUUGUUGCCUCUCUGCCAACAUCACAUCCCAGCUUUGCUCCCCAAAGGCAUCUCGAGUUGUCAAAGAGAUGGCAGGCGCCUUUGGUUCCCGAUGGGCCUGUGGAGCUUUUUAUAGGUAUUCUUUCCGCAGGCAAUCAUUUCGGAGAAAGGAUGGCUGUGAGGAAGUCGUGGAUGCAGCAUGUUCUUAUUACAUCUUCAAAAGUUGUUGCUCGUUUCUUUGUGGCACUCCAUGGGAGGAAGGAGGUAAAUGUGGAACUGAAGAAAGAAGCAGAAUAUUUUGGGGACAUUGUACUUGUUCCUUACAUGGAUAGCUAUGAUCUUGUCGUGCUGAAAACUGUUGCCAUAUGUGAACACGGAGCUCUUGCAUACUCGGCAAAGUACAUAAUGAAGUGUGACGAUGAUACAUUUGUAAAACUUGGCGCAGUGAUCAAUGAAGUGAAGAAAGUACCCGAAGGUAGAAGCUUGUACAUUGGUAACAUGAACUAUUAUCACAAACCUCUCCGUGGGGGUAAAUGGGCAGUCACUUACGAGGAAUGGCCUGAGGAGGACUAUCCGCCCUAUGCAAAUGGACCUGGAUAUGUUCUGUCUUCUGACAUUGCACGCUUCAUCGUGGAAGAGUUUGAGAGACACAGAUUACGGCUGUUCAAGAUGGAGGAUGUGAGUGUGGGAAUGUGGGUGGAGCAUUUCAAAAACACAUCAAACCCAGUGGACUACAGACACAGUCUGAGAUUUUGCCAGUUUGGUUGUGUUGAGAAUUACUACACAGCUCAUUACCAGUCGCCAAGACAGAUGAUAUGCUUAUGGGACAAGCUCUUAAGACAGAACAAGCCGGAGUGUUGUAACAUGAGAUGAUCAUUGAGGGAAACAGCCACGUUUUCAUUUAGGCGUGCUGUAGAAAGACUAGGCAUGUUGAGAAACCAAUUUUGCAAGCUCACCAUAGACUCUGGACUUCGAUUUGAUUGGUCUGCAAGCUUUAAGCCAUCUAAUCUGUAGAAGAAUGGAGAGAAGAGUAGAGAAAGAAGCAUAUAGUCAUACUGUUUAUUCACUUUAUUUGUGCAUCAAUUAAUUUAUUUUCAUAUGUACAAACCCAUUUCUUAAUCUAAAUCAAAAUUUGUUCUUUC